UUGUCGUUUUAUAUCGAUCUAGAUCUAUCAAUCGAGAGUCGAAUUAAGGGUUUUCGUCGGGAGCCUCCAUGAUGGAACGUAAGGGACAUGAGAAGGGCAACCGAAGCAUCUUGGAACCGAUCCCUCUUGAUCUGAAGAAGAAGAAGAAGACUAGAUCGCGUCUGACCCAUCACCAGAAAGACGUCUUUUGCGGAGACAAGAGCCCCCCAGGUAAGAAGCUACAUGUCAUCCUCCCUUUUGAUAUGGAGGUGGAGACACUGACUAGAUUGCCUGGAAAGUCGCUUAUGAAGUUCCUAUGCGUGUCCAAGACUUGGUAUUCCCUUAUCCGAAGCCAAAGAUUCGUCGCUUCUUACUACGCUGCCAAGCCUUCCCGUUUUGUAGCCGCUUUCACCAACAGUGUAUUUGGUGAUCCCAAGCGCCUGUUCGUCUUCUCGGGAGAGGAGGAGGAGGAGGAGAACAACUCUUCUUCUUCUUCUUUGGUCGCCAAUCUAGACAUGACAAUACCCUCAGUGACCUUGUCUCACGGCAGCUUCAAGUAUUCUUCCGUCCAUGGCUUUAUGGCUGGUAAUGAUGAGACAACGUUCAUUAUAUGUAACCCUAGCACGGGGCAAGUCAUUACCUUUCCCUGCAAGGCAACAAGCACACGCUUGGGAUACGAUCCUGUUGGUGAUCAAUUCAAAGCAUUGACCCUGUUGACAUCUAGGUAUGAUCAUAUGCAUAACCCUAGUUUGAUGUGCACGCACGAGGUUAUAAGACUUGGAAGAGGAGGAGUAGUUGUAUCUCGUAGCCGAUUUACAUCCCCGCCUUAUCGCCCUAUGACUGCGGGACUAAGCAUCAAUGGUUUCAUCUAUUGUGGUGCUUCUGUUCCAGUUCCAGUUCCAAAUCAACAAGACACUCCUUCUACUCGUGUGUUUGUUGUGUGUUUUGAUGUUAGAAAGGAGAGGAUACUAAGUUUUAUCACAACGCCUAAGGAGGUCCUGGUUUGGAAGGGCUUUACAUCAUUGAUAGAAUACAAAGGGAAGCUAGCUGUCGUUGUACCAAACUGUUUGGGAUGUGCUUCUUUCGACCGUUUUGAUCUUUGGAUACUGGAGGAUGUGACGAAACAUGAGUGGUCCAGACAAUCAUUUGAGCUUCCCUUGCCUCUUCCCUUCACUCUGGGGAUGGGUAAGCGUAUGAUUUCCCAAGGAACCAACAAGGCCGGUGAAAUCGUUUUCUCCCCAGCAAUUCUGCCAGGCCGUGCCCAGCCCUUCUACGUUUUCUACUUCAACCCUGUCACGAACAACAUGAGAAGAGUCAGGAUCCACGGAGUCGCAGAUACUGAAGAGUUCUGGAGCCGUUAUGGACUCACUGGCACAUGUUGCGCCUCUUUCUCACCCCAACACGCUGAUAGUAUUGCUUUAUUAUAAACGUGUGUGUGUGUGUGUGUGUUUUUUUACUGGUACUGUUGAAAUACAUGAACGUGAUAGCGAACAAGAAGCUCGAUUGGCAGACUAUGGAGCAGGUUCCCGUGGCGGUGGAACUGCCCGAGGAGUUUCA